GCAUUUCUGCUCAUCAGAGACGAGGUUAAAAACCAUGUACGGGAAAUUUGCAAUUUUUCAGUUGUUUUAUUUUGGUGGUAAUUAAUGAAUGACACGAAGUGAUAAGUCAAUGUAUAGAAAGCGAGAUAUGGGAAGCGUGACGUAUCUGUGCUUUGUUUUAGCUGGGUUGUUAUGUAUUGUACAAGCCCAAACCUUUCAAAUUAGAAGAAAGUUUAUCAACGGCAAUUUGAAACUAAAAUGGGCGAACAUUUCUACAAAUCCUAAUGAUAUAACAGUCACAAAGGAUGGUCUUGAGAGUAAAUGGACACGAAUUUAUGAUGACAAGUAUACUGUGGAGGACGUCUGGCUGUAUAAAUCUGUAAAUAUUCGAAUACGGGAAUACACAGGGUCUUCUGACUAUAGCGAUUACAAUUUGAAUUACAGCGUCUCACGAAUUGAUUCUCAGGAAGGAGAAACAAAGAUUCUAAGAUGGAUGGCUGUAUUCUUUCCACGAAAUGGGAAAUACACUAUAUAUCAUUUUUGUGACGACACGAGCCGAGCAGUAAUUUGGUUGCGAGGUGGUAGUGUUAUAACAAUUGAUCCUGUCAAGUACGUUUACCAAACCAGACCCCACAACUCUACCAACAUAAAAUUGGAGGUGAAAAACAUAACAUUAAUGGAUGCCGGAUAUUACGGAGGUGGCACUUCACAGAAUGCUGCCAGAAGAGGACAGGGUGGAAUUCUUGUCGUGAGAGGAAAACCAACCAAACCUGAGAUUGCAGGAAUCCUUGAGGUAAACGAAACCAGUGACGUCAUAUUAACCUGCUCCAGUUACUCCACCUCACGUCCGAAGUAUUACAGAAAAACCGUAUCCUUGAAGUAUGUUUGGUUCAUUAACAACACCGUCAUUGCGUCAGAGACCAACAAGACACUUAGAUUUCCCAGGAUUUCUAAAGACGUUAGAUUUAACAAGUAUUCAUGUCUGUCGAAUGAAAGUAUUGUGUCUGAAAACAGUGAGGAAAUCAAGAUAAAUGUUUUGUAUGGCCCUAGCAGUAUUAUUAUCAGCCCUCAGCUUCCAGUAAAUAAGACAGUAUCUGUGAAAGACGGUGAUUUUGUGGGACCAUAUAAUUGUUCCGCUGACUGUAACCCGGCCUGUACUAUUCAGUGGGUGUACAAACUCUCCAGUGGAACGUUCGGAGUAGCAAAAUCGGAUGGAAGGACAUUACUACAACAACGGGUGCUUAAGGACAAGGACUCGUUCCAAUGUGUGGCAAAGUCAACGUUUGACAAAUUGUAUACAUCAAUCGAUCUGUAUAUAAUGUACUUAUCUGAGGCCAGUUUUAAUGCAAAUGGAAAGAUGCAGGAAUCCGUGGACAUUAGUGAAGGAGAACAGCUGAUUCUGUCCUGUGUAGUUGAUGGAAGGCCAACUCCGAGGCUCAGCAUCAGCAGAUAUUCACAGAUAAAAAUCCUGAAAAGCAAGGUCUCCAAUGUGAUACACGUGUCAAUACCGGAAGUCAAAUGUUCCAACACAGACAUGUACAGGUGUACAGGAAGCUCGGCGGGAUUUGUUAGCAAGCAAAAGGAAGUUGCUAUUAAUGUUCAUUGUAAGACAAGGAUUGAUGCUAAAUCAUGGUUUAAAGCUAACUACGGAAUCAAAAGUGGAAUUGGCGUGAAAGUGGUUGUUAAUGCACCAAUCAUUUCCUACCCCAAACCAUCUGCAAAUAUGAUUUCCUGGUCAGGACCAACAUCAACUAAUAUACAAAAUGAAAUCAAAGAAAGAGAUGUCAUUUAUAAGCACUGGAUCACCAGUACCAUUCCUGUCGACAAUGAGAGAUAUUUUGGAAACUACACCAUGGCAUAUAACGGAGAAGUCAUCUUCACCAUUACAAUUAAUCUUGAAGGUAAACCUAAACGACCGUUAAACUUCACUGGCUAUUCCUACACCAGUGGGUACAUCAACCUGACCUGGAUAUCAAACUUCAAUGGAGGACCAGAACAAUUCUUCAUUUUAUCACUGAAUGAUGGAGCUGUAUGGGUAGAGGUUGCCAAUAUAACAGAUUCCGGGGAAGGUGACGUGGGAUAUUAUGACCCAGGACUUUUAAACCCAGGUCCAGAACACUGGUACCGGUUGGAGAGUUGCAAUAGAAUCGGCUGUUCCGUUCGUGCUGUAGAAGUAAAGGUCGCAGUAUUAGAUUGUAAAAGUGGGUACUACCUGGAUGUUAAGAACCCGGAGCUACAUUAUCGAAAUAACUCUGACUGUCUGCCUUGUGGAAACUGUAGAGAUAACGUACCCUGUAACAAGACAACCGGCCAUUGUUCUGAAGGGUGCGAGACCACUUACAAACCGCCCUACUGCACAGAAUUGAUUACAUCUGACCAUUCGAGCACUAUUCCAACCACAACGAUCGUAAUCGGCAUCCUUUCUACACUGCUCGUUGUUGCUACUGGGGUUGUUUUGCAACAAAGAAUGAGGAAGCAACAACAAAAUCAACUACCACAACCCAACAACGACCACAACCCCAUAACAUCCGUAAAUCGGCAGAGACUGCAAACCGAAGACGGUUAUCAGCUUCCAUUCCAUGAAUACAUCAAUGCGGCUAGCGAUGAGCAUGCUUACGACAAGAUCGAUCCCCCAAAUGAAGGCCCUUAUCACGAAAUCCAGGAUUUUACCAACACACAUCCUGUUCUUUGCAACUGAGUGUGGUGAAAAUGCGAGGGUUGCCUUAUUUAAACAUUUCUGAUAAAACCUAAUAAUGUUAUACUUAACUUUAAAAAGGACAUUUUUAAUGAUCGAGUGCCAUUAAAUACCAGUGGAGGUACGAGUCAGACUAUUUAAAACCAUAUUGAAUUAAAUUUAACUAUAUCAUUUUAGUCCCCUACCGGUUUGUACAACCGAAGGAGACUAUGACUUUCUUCUCGAUCUGUUCAUCUGUCUGACUGUCAAUCUGUCCCAUUAGAUAUCCAGACUUUUCCGUUAUGCUUGCAUGGAUUCAUUUGAGACUUGUCUUGUAGUUUCAGAGUGGCAAACUACUCGGCUCAGUUAAGGCUAUACGAGAAAAAUCACAGUGCUGUUAUAAAUGAACCUGUGUGCACUUCGCACCAUAUGACGUCACAAUGAAAAAGUACGUCACAGCGGACAUGUUCUGAUAAUUGUAUCACGGGGAAAGUGUCAUACUAUUUUGUCGUUUUUAAUACUGUUAUCAAGUGAUAAGGUAUACGUGAAAACAUAUCUUGUCAAAUGAUUAUAUAUAUUAUUCCUUUAUGAUAUCAAAUCAUUCUCCCUUUUUAAUAUAUAGUAUGCACGAAGGUGAUAUUCAUAUUAUAUUGUGACCUUGAAAUCGCCCCUAAUCUGAAUGACUGAUGCGUUUAAAAAUUCCCUCAUGUACAUAAAUAAUCUCAUACUACAGAAACAGUGGCAAAGUUCAGGUUCAUCUGCUAUAAAAA